UUCUUACCCAAGUAUUGAGGAAGUGCGGGCUCCAGUGCACCAGUGCGCACGGCUCCGGCGCAGCGCAAAGACGCACCAGACGCGGCUCCUGCUGGGCGACUCCACAGCCCAGAAAUGUGACAGAAACAAACGCGCCGCAUUCUCCUGAAGGUUUCACCGUCUCUCGGGCGUUUUUCUCCAGCUGAAGGGACAGAAUCUGAGCACGGAGCCGCAGGAAUGAAGCGCUGAUGUCGGUGUGAGAGGAGACGGAGACGCGCCGGUGCGACAGGAACAGCUGCUGUGACUGAUAACAGGUUUUCACUGAAUCAAUCCAAACAUCCGGCGCUGCUGAUGACAAAGAUGAGCUGGACGGCCGGUACUCAGUGUGUCGCCAAAGCCGACCAUCGCAAAGCCAAAGCCGGAGAGCUGCUGUACCACAAAGGAGACAUCCUCACCAUCAUCGACAGCAGCUCGAGGAAAGGGUUCUACGAGGCCAAACACAACAGCACCGGGGAGGAAGGCCUCAUCAGCGCCAGCAAUGUGCGAGAGAGGGAAGCUCUGCGAGUGGACCCCAGCCUCAGCCUCAUGCCCUGGUUCCACGGGAAGAUCUCGGGUCCGGAGGCGGUGAACAAGCUGCAGCCGGCCGAGGACGGCCUGUUCCUGGUCAGGGAGAGCAUCCGUCACCCCGGCGACUACGUCCUGUGCAUCAGCGUGUGCGGCGAGGUGAUCCACUACCGGGUGAUCUACCAGGACAACAAGCUGACCAUCGACAACACGCAGUUCUUCUACAACCUCAUCGACAUGAUCGAGUUUUACUCCAAGAACAAAGGUUCUAUCGCUACGACUCUUCUGAAGCCCAAACAGAAACACGGAACCAAGUCCGCAGAGCUGGAGCUGUCCAAGACUGGAUGGCUGCUGGACAUCACUAACCUCACGCUGGGGGAGAACAUCGGAGAAGGAGAGUUUGGUGCGGUUUAUGAAGGCGAGUACAUGGGCCAGAAGGUGGCGGUGAAGACCAUCAAAUGUGACGUGACGGCUCAGGCCUUCCUGCAGGAAACCACCGUGAUGACGAAGCUGCAGCACAAGAACCUGGUCCGUCUGCUGGGCGUCAUCCUCCACAAAGGGCUGCACAUCGUCACCGAGCUCAUGACCAAGGGGAACCUUGUGAACUUCCUCCGGACCAGAGGACGGUCGGUGGUGAACUCCGCUCAGCUGAUCCGAUUCUCUCUUGACGUGUGUGAAGGGAUGGAGUACCUGGAGUCCAAGAAGCUGGUCCACAGAGACCUGGCGGCUCGCAACGUCCUGGUUUCUGACGACAGCGUGGCCAAAGUCAGCGACUUCGGGCUCACCAAGGUCGACUCCAAGACGUCGGAUAAGGCCAAGCUGCCGAUCAAAUGGACGGCGCCGGAAGCCCUGAAGAAGGAGAAGUUCUCCACCAAGUCAGACGUUUGGAGUUACGGCGUUCUUCUCUGGGAGAUCUUCUCAUACGGUCGACAGCCGUAUCCUAAGAUGUCUCUGAAGGAGGUGAAGGACAAAGUGGAGGCGGGAUAUCGGAUGGAGGCUCCGGAGGAAUGUCCGCCCGGCGUUUACCUCCUCAUGAGGCUCUGCUGGGAGCAGGAGCCCCGCCGGAGACCCGGGUUCCCCAAACUGAGGGAGAAGCUGGAGCGAGAGGUGAGCAGACUGAGCCCGGGUUCUGAGCAUCGUGAAGGAGUCGGUUCUGGUUCUGGAUGCUGAUCGUGGUGUUGAGAUUUUUUCACAAACAGGAUUCCAGCCGUCAGUCUGCGAUGGAGACGCUCGCUUCCAACUGGACUCGGUUUAUCGAGUAGAUGGGACCUCGUUUGUCAUUUUAAGGUUUAACAUCUGGAGUCAUGAAUCUUCUUCAGUCUCUUUGGAUCUGAGCUGUGUCACUUUCACUAUCAGAGUUUUGCACAUUGUGACAUCCAUCUGUGGGCCAAUUCACCUACUCCUGACUCUCAAAAAGCCACGAAGCAUCUUGCAGACAUUCGUGCCCCUCAGAGGAUGAAUCUCAGUGGAUUAAGUGACUUUUGAUUUCCCCUUUAACGCCACCAGUAAGUUCAUAUUUAUGGUUUUGAACGAAAUGCAGCGAUGACUGUUGGAUGAACUGCAACAGAAUUUGGUGCAGACAUUCGUGUUCCUCUGAGGAUGAAUCUCAGUGGCUUAAGUGACUCUUGACCUUCCUUUUAACGGCACCAGCAGGUUCACGUUUAUGGUUUUGAGCCAGCUGUUGCAUGGAUUGCACUGGAACUCGGUGCAGACAUUCGUGUUCCUCAGAGGAUGAAUCUCAGUGACUUAACAGACUGCUUCAGAACCACCAACUGGUUUAUAUUUAUGGUUUUUAAUGGAAAUGCUGCAACAACUAUUGGAUGUAUUGCAAUGAAACUUGGUUCAGACGUUCGUGUUCCUCAGAGGAUGAAUCUUAAUGACUUAAGUGACUUUUGACUUCCCUUUAAAUGCAACCAACAGGUUCACGUUUAUGGUUUCGAGCUGAAUGCAGCAGCAGCUAUUGGAUGGAUUGAAAUGAAACUUGGAGCAGACAUUCAUGUUCCUCAGAGGAUGAAUCUCAGUGACUUCAUCAGCUAUUUUAGCGCCACCAGCAGGUUUGUAUUUAUGGUUUUUAGUGAAACGUCGCAGUGACUGUUGCAAUGAAACCUGACGCAGAUGUUCAUGCUCCCCUCAGGAUGAACUCUGAUAACUUUGGUAAACCCUCAGUUUAUUUCCUCUUUCAUUUUGAGCAAUGCAGAUAUCUGCGGAACUAAUCACAGGAUUUUGCAGAUGGUAAGAGGGCUAGCAUGCUGAACAUCACGUCUGCUCAACGUUAGCAUGUUACUGUUGUCGCUGUGCACAUGUUAGCAUGCUAACAUUAGCAUUUAGCUAACUUAGAUAAAUCUUGUUUUGUGCUUUGUGUCUUCAGGUUCUGCAGAGCUGCAAAGCGAACAAUCGAAAUUAGAAGCGAAAACAACUCGGAGGAGAACAAACAGUCGCUAUUUCUUCUUCUCCUCAAUUGGCAAAAAAAAAAAAAAACUACCGGAUAUUAAAUGUCUGCUGUGUGGAAAUAUUCAGGCUGGAAAACUGAAGCAUUCCAACACUGUAAAAUCUGCAAUCCCAGUAUUUCUAACAGAGCUGCGUUCAAUACGAUCAGUUAGUACGACGUAAACACUCACCUGGACACGGCGAGUUCAGGCAACUCAGGUAAAGGCUGCAGACUCUGGAGGAGACUCUAGAAAGGACCGAAAUUUCCUUGAGACAGUUAGAAAAAGAAAACGUAGAGGGAACCUGAUUAAAUCUCCGUGGUAGAGAGUACAGUAUGAAGUGAGUACCAGCGACCCUCUAACACUACAUGUAGACGGCGUCCUACUGCAGCUUCACAACAGACCACCUACAGAACAUUAAGGACCAGUUUGGAUGUAUUUUCUGUUCUUUAUGCAUUGCAGAGUUAUUUGGUUUUCAAGCGUAUAUGCUGGAUUUAUUUUAUUUAUUUUAAAUUCUGUGUAUUUGAACUGUGUUUUAUCCUGAGUGUGGUUUGUGAUUGGGACUCAGCAUCUGCAAACACCACAUAUUAAAUGACUCCGAUUGGAUCGGAGGCAAAUAAUCCACAA